AAAUUGAUUAUUUAUUCUAAAAUGAUGUGACCUAAGUUGUUUAAUCAAUUUCAUUAGUGUGCAAUUUGCCAGAAACAAUAAAAUUGUUUCUUUGACAAAAAAUAAUGAUUAGGAAGUGCCGUAUAAUUCAUUAAAUUCGCGUGUGAAGUGUGAGGACGACGGCUAAAAUGCGUCAACCCGGUAACAGCACCGUGAUAUUCACGGUACUGUUUGGUGCAAUUUUUGGUGUAUUAUCAGCGUCGCUCAGUAAAGCAUUACGAUACCAAGCACCUGACGAAUGUAAAUGGGUGGUUGUAGAUAGCGGCAUUGAAGAUGAUGUUGCACUAGUAUGCCGUUUACGGACAAUAAAUAGUGAACUUGAAAAUACAAAUUUUAGUGUAAUACAACCGCAACAUACUGUACGUUUACGUCUAGAAUGCAGUGAUGCAUUAUUCUUUCAAAGUUCUCUAAGUGCCGGUAGUUUUCGACCACUUGUCGAACUCCGAGAAUUAUCCAUUGAAUAUUGUAAAAUUGGUAAUUUAUCGGAUGGUGCUUUUAAGGGUUUACGUGAGUUAAGAAAUUUAACAGUGCGUACACAUAAUACAGAUUGGUCAGCAAUGACUUUAGAAAUAUCACCGAAUGCAUUUACGGAUGAAUUAGGCUUGUUAGAACGAUUAGAUUUAGGUGAAAAUAAUAUGUGGAGUUUACCAGAAGGUGUUUUGUGUCCGUUACGUUCAUUAGAAGUGUUAAAUUUAACACGUAAUCGCAUACGUGAAAUAUCUAGUUUUAAAUUCGCGCUAAAUCCGUCGGAACGAUGUGGUGCAAAUUUACGGUUAUUGGAUUUAUCACGUAAUAACAUUGAUAGUUUACCAUCCGCCAUGCUAUCUGGACUAACACGUUUACAAAAGUUAUAUUUACAAGGUAAUGGACUAUCAAAUCUAGCGGAUCGUGCUUUAGAAGGAUUAACAUCGUUAAAUAUUUUAAAAUUAUCGGAUAAUCGUUUAGUUAGUUUACCACCAGAAUUAUUUACCGAUACAAGAGACAUAAAAGAAAUGUAUUUACAGAAUAACAGUAUAAAUGUAUUGGCACCAGGAUUAUUUGGUGAAUUAACACAAUUAUUGGUAUUGGAUUUAUCAAAGAAUGAAUUAACUGCUGAAUGGAUUAACUCAGCCACAUUUUCUGGUUUGUUACGUCUAGUCGUAUUAGAUUUAUCAUAUAAUCGUAUAUCAAAGUUGGAGGCAGCUGUUUUUAGAGAUUUAUAUAGUUUGCAAAUAUUAAGACUGAAUGAUAAUUUUAUUGAAACAAUACCAGAAAAUACAUUCGCUUCCUUAUACAACUUACAUACGCUAAUUUUAUCAAACAAUCGUUUAACAAUUAUUGAAAGUUCAACAUUUAACGGUUUAUAUGUUCUAACGUUAUUAUCAAUAGAUAACAAUCAUAUUAAAACAAUACAAAUGGACGCAUUGAAAAACUGUACAAGUUUACAAGAUUUACACUUAAACGGUAAUGAAUUAUUGGAAGUUCCACAAGUUUUAUCAGAAGUACCAAUGUUAAAAACGUUGGAUUUGGGUGAAAAUCAUAUAACAAGUAUUGCAAAUGCAACAUUUCAAAAUAUGCAACACUUAUUUGGAUUACGUUUAACAGAAAAUAAUAUUGGAAAUAUAUCAAAAGGUGUAUUUGAUAAAAUGGCUGCGUUAAAGAUAUUAAAUUUAUCACGAAAUAAAAUACAAAAGGUUGAGGCAGGUGCAUUUGAUGCCAAUAUUAAUUUACAAGCUAUACGAUUAGAUGGUAAUUAUUUAACUGAUAUCGGUAAUUUAUUUUCAAAAUUACCAAGUCUUGUAUGGUUGAAUAUCUCCGAUAAUCAAUUAGAAUGGUUUGAUUAUGCGUUAAUACCUACAGGCUUACAGUGGUUAGAUAUUCAUGCAAAUAAAAUCGCUGAAUUAGGUAAUUAUUUUGAAAUUGAAUCCACAUUACAGUUAAGUACUUUUGAUGCUAGUUCCAAUAAAUUAACAGAAAUAACUGGAAGUGCAAUACCAAAUAGUGUUGAAAUGUUAUUCUUAAAUGAUAAUUUAAUUACGAAAGUUCAAAGUUAUACUUUCUUCAAAAAACCAAAUUUAACUCGAGUGGACUUAUUUGGUAAUAAAAUAACAAGUUUGGAUCCAAAUUCAUUACGCAUAUCAGCUGUACCAUUAGAUAAGCCCUUGCCGGAAUUUCAUAUUGGUGAUAAUCCUUAUCAAUGUGAUUGUACAAUGGAAUGGCUGCAAAAGGUCAACAGUGGUAAUCGUGCAAGAACCCAACCCAAAUUAAUGGAUUUGGAUAGUAUUUAUUGUAAAUUAUUAUACAAUCGUGGAAGAACAUAUGUACCACUUAUCGAAGCCGCUCCAUAUCAGUUUCUUUGUAAAUAUGAUACACAUUGUUUUUCAUUGUGCCAUUGUUGUGAUUUUGAUGCUUGUGAUUGUGAAAUGACAUGUCCACAAAAUUGUACAUGUUAUCAUGAUCAAUCAUGGUCGGCAAAUGUUGUAGAUUGUUCACUAAGUGGUUAUGUUGAACGAUUACCCGAACAAAUACCUAUGGAUGCUACACAGCUAUAUUUAGAUGGUAAUGAUAUUCGUGCAGUAAUGAGUCAUGCAUUUAUUGGUCGAAAACGUUUGAAAGUUUUAUUCUUAAAUGCAUCAAACAUUGAAAUUAUCCAUAAUCGUACAUUUAAUGGUUUAAAAGAAUUGGAAUUACUACAUUUAGAUGAGAAUCGUAUUCGAGAACUAAAAGGAUAUGAAUUUGAAGGCUUGGAAGGAUUAAGGGAAUUAUAUUUACAACAUAAUCGAAUUACAUCAAUCCAUAAUCAAACAUUCCAACAUUUACGCCAUUUACGUACACUUAAAUUAGAUCAUAAUCGAUUGAGUACAUACUCAGUUUGGCAUUUAUCGUUAGUCAUAACAGAAUUGACCUUAGCAUCCAAUCCAUGGUCAUGUGAUUGUGAAUUUACCGAACGUUAUCGUGAAUGGUUAAUGUUACAUGGCAACAGUGUUCAAGAUAUUGAAUUUAUUCGAUGUGUUUAUAAUGCUAACACAACGGAAUUAGAUUAUUACAGCGAAGAAAUUUAUGCAGAUAAUCCAGAGUUAGGAUUUUAUGUAACACAUGAUAAUAUAACAUCUUGCACCGGUGCUGCAAAUAUUGAUAAUAGUAUUAAUGGAAAUUUAACAUCCACAAAAACAAUUAUACAACGUCAGGCUAUUCAAGGUUAUUUACCAUUGUUAAUUAUAACACUUGGUGCUUUCUUAGUGAUUAUCUUGUUUACGCUGAUAAUAUUUGUGUUCCGACAAGAGAUGCGUGUAUGGUUCCAUUCUCGUUUCGGUGUACGAUUAUUCUAUCGUUCCACGGAAUUUGAUCGUGAUAAAUUAUUUGAUGCUUUUAUUAGUUAUAGUUCAAAAGACGAAGCAUUCGUUGCUGAAGAAUUAGCACCAGUGUUAGAAAACGGUGAUCCACAAUAUAAAUUAUGUUUACAUUAUCGUGAUUUCCCAGUGGGUGCAUUUAUCGCUGAUACAAUUGUACAAGCUGUUGAAUCGUCACGGCGUACAAUCAUGGUAUUAUCAGAGAACUUUAUUAAAUCGGAAUGGUGUCGUUUCGAAUUUAAAUCGGCCCAUCAUCAAGUGUUGCGCGAUAGACGCCGUCGUUUAAUUGUGAUAUUGUUAGGUGAAGUGCCACAAAAAGAUUUAGAUCCUGAUAUACGUUUAUAUUUAAAAACAAAUACAUAUUUACAGUGGGGUGAUAAAUUAUUUUGGGAGAAAUUACGUUUUGCGUUACCUGAUGUACCAAAUAAUCGUCGUGGUAAUGUGAACAAUAGUGGUGGUGUAAGUGGUGGUAUAGUGAGUGGUGGUGCACCAGGACAACGUGGUAAUAAUACAUCAUCAUUUCGUAAUAAUCCUAAUUCAAAUUUACAUAAUCAUUCAAUUGUUUUAUCACAUCCGCAUCAUUUACAUCGACAUAAUAAUCGAACUCACAAUCAUACAGCAAAUAAUACGAAUAAUAGUGCAACAAAUGUAAAUAAUACAACACAACAGAAUCAACAACGGACAGUUGCUAUGCAUAUUUAAUAAUAAUACAGUAAUAUCAUCAAUAUAAAGAGGGUAAGUUUACGUUAAAUCAAAGUUCGAUGAAAUUUAAUGGUUGGUUAGAGAUGCCCGCAGAUCAUAACACUUACUUGUAGAGUUUUGAAAAUGGCCGUUUGAGAAGCAGCAGUA